AUGACGAAACUCGCCAUCAUCAUCACCAUCAUCAUCACCAUCAUCAUCACCAUCAUCUUGACCGUCUUCGGUCUGGCAAUCUUGUCCCUGGUCUGCAUGCUCUACAAACCACCAGAAUGGCUAAUAUGCUGGGUCCAGAAGCGCUACCCGACCGUGCUGUUCCACGUCCCCACGGACAAAAAGAUCGUGGCCCUGACCAUCGACGAUGGACCCUCGUCGCACACGCGAGGGAUCCAGCGCCUCCUCAAGGCCCACGGUGCCACGGCCACGUUCUUCCUCAUCGGGUCACACAUUCCGGGGCGCGAGGACCUUCUUAGGGAAUUGCUCCGGGACGGUCACGAGUUGGCCAACCACGCCAUGUUCGACGAGAUGUCGGUGCGCGUUCCGGCCGCAGAGCUUACGCGACAGAUCGAAACGGUAGAGAGGCAGAUUGCGGAGAUCUACACCACCACCACCACCGCCACGGCAGACGCAGAUGUUGGGGCGCGUGCUGUGACGCGGCAGCAGAAACAGCCCAGAUAUUUCCGGCCCGGCAGCGGCUUCUUCACCACCAAAAUGCUCGCCCUCCUGGCACAGCCGCAUCUAAACUACCGGCUGAUUCUGGGCAGCGUCUAUCCCUGGGACGCCCAGAUUCCGUGGCCGAGGUUGAACGCGUGGCAUAUCCUGAGCAGUCUAACGCCAGGCGCCACUAUCGUCGUUCAUGACCGAGCGUGGACGGCGCCCAUGUUGAGAAUAGUCCUGCCAGAGAUGACGAGACGAGGGUGGAGGGUAGGGACUGUCACGGACCUGCUAGGCCACUCGAUCAAUGGCGGCUAG